CUAGACGCAGGCGCAGUGCGGUGUUUGUCUGCCGGACUGACGGGCGGCCGGGCGGUGAGCGGCGGCGGUGGCGGCGGGGAAGAUGGCGGCGUCCUCCCUGGAGCAGAAGCUGUCCCGCCUGGAAGCAAAGCUGAAGCAGGAGAACCGGGAGGCCCGGCGGAGGAUCGACCUCAACCUGGAUAUCAGCCCACAGCGGCCCAGGCCCAGUCUCACCCCCCCAGCCCUGCAGCUCCCGCUGGCCAACGAUGGGGGCAGCCGCUCGCCAUCCUCUGAGAGCUCCCCGCAGCACCCCAUGCCCCCCGCCCGGCCCCGCCACAUGUUGGGGCUCCCGUCAACCCUGUUCACGCCCCGCAGCAUGGAGAGCAUUGAGAUUGACCAGAAGCUGCAGGAGAUCAUGAAGCAGACGGGCUACCUGACCAUCGGAGGCCAGCGAUACCAGGCAGAAAUCAAUGACCUGGAGAACUUGGGCGAGAUGGGCAGCGGCACCUGUGGCCAGGUGUGGAAGAUGCGCUUCCGGAAGACGGGCCAUGUCAUUGCCGUCAAGCAAAUGCGGCGCUCGGGGAACAAGGAGGAGAACAAGCGCAUCCUCAUGGACCUGGACGUGGUGCUCAAGAGCCAUGACUGCCCCUACAUCGUGCAGUGCUUCGGCACCUUCAUCACCAACACAGACGUCUUCAUUGCCAUGGAGCUCAUGGGCACCUGUGCUGAGAAGCUCAAGAAGCGGAUGCAGGGCCCCAUCCCCGAGCGCAUCCUGGGCAAGAUGACAGUGGCGAUUGUGAAGGCGCUGUUCUACCUGAAGGAGAAGCACGGUGUCAUCCACCGCGACGUCAAGCCCUCCAACAUCCUGCUGGAUGAGCGGGGUCAGAUCAAGCUCUGCGACUUCGGCAUCAGCGGCCGCCUGGUGGACUCCAAAGCCAAGACUCGGAGCGCGGGCUGUGCUGCCUACAUGGCUCCUGAGCGCAUUGACCCCCCAGACCCCACCAAGCCGGACUAUGACAUCCGGGCGGACGUGUGGAGCCUGGGCAUCUCAUUGGUGGAGUUGGCAACGGGACAGUUUCCCUACAAGAACUGCAAGACGGACUUUGAGGUCCUCACCAAAGUCCUGCAGGAGGAGCCCCCGCUUCUGCCUGGACACAUGGGCUUCUCAGGGGACUUUCAGUCCUUCGUCAAAGACUGCCUUACUAAAGAUCACAGGAAGAGACCAAAGUAUAAUAAGCUACUUGAACACAGCUUCAUCAAGCGCUAUGAGACGCUGGAGGUGGAUGUGGCGUCCUGGUUCAAGGAUGUCAUGGCGAAGACUGAGUCACCGCGGACUAGCAGCGUCCUGAGCCAGCCGCACCUGCCCUUCUUCAGGUAGCCGUGUGGCAUCGGCCAGCCCCACAGGGGGCCAGGGGCAUGGCCAAAGGCCCCCUUCCCCACCCGGCCACCCAGCUGCCCUCGAGGGGAGACCUGGGACCUGGACGGCCACUGAGGGCUGAGGACAGAGAGUGGGGGGUGCCCAUCCGCUUCCCGCCCUGGGGUCAGCCGGCCACGUGCGUCCCCCGACAGACACUGUGAACGGAAGACAGCAGGCCGCGAGCAGAGUCGCUGUGCAUUCAGCUGCAGCCUCUGGGCCACGGUGGCCCCCAGGGGCCAGGAGAGAGCCCCCAAGUCCUGCAGCCACCAAGCUCCCAGCGUGCCAUGCCCUCCACCACCCUCACACGCCCAUUCCCUCUCUGUUGCCCUCUGUCCCCUGCUCUACCUCUCUGUCCCUGUCUGGCUCUCCCGUCACCCUUCCUGCCUCUGUCUCUCUUCUGGCCUGAGCUUGGGCCCAGUCCCCUCCCGACGGGACCCCUGGGUCUGCCUAGGUCUCCCAUGGAGCAAUGAGUCAGUGGCCCCCAGAAAGGCGGUGUGGGCAUUUGGACUGCGGCUGGACAGGGCUGCACUCUCUUUUUCUCUCUUUGAUCUCAGGGGGUCCUUUUUGGAGUUUAUUGUAUUUUAUUGUACUUGGUGGGGUGUUUGGGGUGGGGGUGGAGGAGAGCUUGUUUUCAAGGGGUUUGUCGGUACCUUCAGAAACUUUUACCAAAGUCACGUUUAGCUGCUUGUGGUGGGGCCCCCAACCUCCGUCGGGCACUGGGGGGCUGGGGCUGCUGCUCUGGGGCCACAGCUUGGGGGUGAAGACCUCGGGGUGCAGUGGGGUCUGCGGGGCCCUGGCCACACAAGAUGGCCUUCAGGGAAGGUGGGUUUGGGGCAGAGCAGGUGACCAGAGGGACUUGGUGACAGAGCAGGGCCAUGGGCCAAGGGAGGGGUCCGGAAGGAGUCAGGGAUCGAGGGCAGAGAGUGGAUGUGGGGAUUCGAGGACGGGUGACAGGCCCCGGCAGGGGCUGGCUGAGGGUGGGGUGUGAGGCCAUCACCCUCCGUCGUGCCCCUGGCUGUCCCUCUACUCACGCACACCUGGCCCAGCCUCCGAUGAGACCCGGGACUGGGAAAAAUCGGGUGUGCACCGGGGGCCCAGGCCAGGGUGCCCCUGGAGCCCGCUGGGGUGGCCAGAGCAGGAGGGGGUAUUUUGUUUUUGUGGGUGUUGCAUGCAAAUCAAGUGGACAAGAAAAAAAAAAACCCCGUAAAACCACAAAAAAACAACACGAAAGGCGUGGAAGCUGGCUGGCCCUGGCGGAGGCCACACAGGCGUCAUCGCUCUCCUCUCACCUAGCCUGUUGACUCCUGUUACGCUAUUCACAAAAUGCCGCAGGUUUAAAGUCAUAGACGUCAUGGUUUCUCUGCUCCCAGGGGCAAGGCCACCUUCUCUUGCCUGUUGGCCUCUGUGUCAGGGGUGGGGGUCUGCUGGCGGGGGGGGGGGUGGUGAGGGCAGUGCCAAUAUGCCUGGCCCUUUCCUCCUCCCCUGGGUCCAGCUGUGGGGGCCUCUGGGGAUUGCUGGAAGGUCGCAUGGCUGGUCCCAGGGCCCGAACAGGCCCAAGACCAGGCUGCCUGGUUUUAUUUAACUUUAUUUUCUGUUUCCUGAGUGUGUGUCCGCCCACCCUCACCCCCUUCAGUGUUAACUGGGGAGCCCUGGGGGAGUCUCCUGCUUCCCUGCCUCUCUCCCAAGACCUCCCCCCUCGUCACCAGCCAUCCCUCUGGAUCAGGCAGACCGGGUGGGCAGAGGCCUGGGGGCGGCUCAGGCCAGCCCACCAGCCAGCGGACUACCAGCCAUCGGACUCCUCCUCAGGCUGCUAGUGUUGCCCUGCCCCUUUUUAAAACAAAAUGCCCUCGUUUGUAAACCCUUAGGCGCUUGAGAAUAAACCCCUCCCUUUUCUUCCACA